AUGGACCUCCCGCAGAAGACGUACGGACACCCAGGUGACUCCGUCAUGCAAGAUAUAGUUGUUACCCCCACUCAAUAUGAUGGGAGUUCUCCUAAUCGCGUAGCUGAGUGCCUGAACCGAAGUCGCCCUGACGAGAAGUGGUCUGAAAAGUCAGAACUUUCAUCGUACCAGUUGAGCCUGAGGAAUGCACGCUUGGGCGAAAGCCCAAACAACAAGGUGAUAGUGUGUGGCCCCUUGCUGAACUAUCGCUAUAUGGAUAAUGAUCGCUGGUAUGGGAGUGUCUUGGUAGUGUCGAAGCAAGAUGGCGAUUUACCACGAUUAGGGCCGACUCUGCUCCUACGUCAAGCCGUUCUCAAGGGUGACGAUGGCCAUCAUUCCACGCCAGCAGAGUCUCAUACCCUUAUCAACGGAUACUUGCUGUACGGCGACUCAAGAGUCAACUUCUGGAGAUUUGAUAUUGACCUGAAAAUGGAGUCCACUGACACCAAAUGGGAGUACAUGGUCACCGGUGGAUCCUUCCUCCACCGAGAUAGAGGUUUGCCGAGUUCCUUUAUCAUACCCUCUUACAACGAAUCCAUGCGCGUUAUGUUCUAUUCUUGUAACGGCUGGUGUGACGGAGCGGAGGAAGGAGACUUCAAUCAUCUUUCGCUGUGGAAAGAUGUUCUGAGAAAACAGGCUAAAACCGGCUUCCAUGUGAUGAUCGGCGGAGGUGAUCAGAUCUAUAGUGAUGAAGUAUAUACCGCAGGCCCUCUUGUCGAAUGGACUGACAUCACAGAUCCCCAAGAGCGCCUCCAGUAUCAAUGCACGGAGCAGCUCCAGCAAGAAUGCGAUGAUUGGUACCUGGAUAACUACAUUCGCUGGUACAGCACAAAACCCUUCGCUUAUGCUCUGUCUCAGAUACCAUCCUUGAAUAUAUGGGAUGACCAUGACAUCAUCGAUGGUUUUGGCUCUUAUGCAAAGGAGACUAUGGAAUGUUCUGUCUUCCAAGCAAUCGGUGCCCUUGCUCAUAAAUACUAUUUGCUUUUUCAGCAUCACCUUCCCCCAAGCAAGCCUGACCUUAUUUUCCAUGACGCCUAUAAAGCGGAUAGCAUACCUGAUCCACACUACGUUCUUGGGUCGGAGCCUGGAAGGACUCAAAAGCAAACAAACUACCGUGAGACGUAUGACUUGUUGUUUGAGAGAGUGAAUACAGAGCUGGAUGCGGCGAAACGCUCCGAUCGCCCGAUCAAGCACCUGGUUUUGCUUUUUGGAGUACCGCUUGCUUACCCACCACUUACAUGGAUUGAGAACGUCUUCGAAGGAACUGUUGGUCGUUCGUUCCAGCGCUUGAGCGAGAAGCUAAACAUCGGUAAAAAUGCCGUCAACAAAUUCGACGGUUCUAUCGAGCUGUUAGAUGAUCUCAACGACCAUUACACGUCUCAUGCGCACCAGAAUGAGCGACGGUAUCUGAUAGAACGAAUCCAGUCCAUGUGCGCUGCCCAUUCAGUACGUGCCACGAUUCUUAGCGGCGACGUCCAUCUAGCCGCCGUAGGAAGAUUCUUCACAUCCCACGGAGGCCAUAAACCCGAUAUCGAAGAAGACUUCCGAUUUAUCAAUAACAUUAUAUCAUCAGCGAUUGUAAACGCACCGCCCCCCGAGGCAAUGGCGAAACUGAUCGCGCAAAGUGACAAGUUACGACUUUUGAAUCCUGACACAGAAGAAGUUCUCUUCCAGUUGUUCAGACCGGAUCCCACCAAUAAGAGACCUGAGGGAACAACCGUUGCGAUGCCCCGUCGUAACUACAGCAUCAUCACUGAGAACUCCCCAAACAACGAGGGCCGCUAUGAAGGUAUUAGUAAACUAUCUCUGCGACAAUUCUUUGCCAGACGUGGUCGUCGGCCUCUUCAUUUCGGAGAGGCUAACGCUGGAAAGAAGCAUCAGGCUGCGUCCGAGGAACAUGGAAAGGGCAAUGAUGGGAGUUUGGAUGUUUGUAUUUGUGUGGAAGUGGAUCACCAGUACCGUGAUGGCCAGACGGAGGCUUAUGGCUUCUCGAUUCCGGCCCUUAAAUAUCACGGCCCUGCGAUUCCAGAGCCUAUCUGGCCUGAAAAGACUGUCUAG